UUUGAGGUUUCGCAUUUCCCAUUUCGUAGUUUCCGCGCGUCUCGUUAUUUAUAAAAUAUUAAAAGUUUAUCGUUUGUUUCCGGAAAUCGGACAAAAUGAGCUUCAAUCCAGUCACCACCGCUAGCACUGGGUUCACCUUUGGUGGUACUCCGUUCGGCACGGGAAAUACUGCUUCAGCUGGCGCUGCUACGACAGCUUCUGCGACCCCGGCAACAUCUGCUGCUACACUAUCAUUCGGAACGGGAUUGUCCACUCCUGCGGCGCCGGCAACAGUUGCUACGGUUGCACCAACUGCUACCACGACUGCGGGCCAGCAGCUCACACUCGGUGGUUUCACGAAUCAGGCUAAGCCGGCGGAACCGGCACUACCUGCGGCUAAUCUAACAACUACUACUCAAACCACCCAAUCUUCGGCUGUAUCUGGUUCGCAGUUGAAUUAUUGCCAACUCGAGGAAUUCAUCAACAAAUGGACCCUGGAACUGGAAGAGCAGGAAAAACUUUUCACGAAUCAAGCAACGCAAGUCAACGCGUGGGAUAAAUUGCUGCUAUCCAAUGGCGAAAAAAUAAUUUCGCUCAAUGAAUCUGUUGAAAAGGUUAAGGCUGAACAGGACACAAUGGAACAAGAGCUGGAAUUUAUCACAGCACAGCUGACCGAGCUGGAAGAGUGCAUCAUACCACUGGAGGAGGAACUGUCCAAGAUUGUACAGGUGGACAUAGAACGAGGUCAAACCUAUUCCAUGGCUGAAACACUUGAUUCACAGCUGAAGCAGAUGUCCGAAGACUUGAAGGAAGUUAUUGAGCAUCUAAACGAGUCUAACAAGUACUCGGACCCAAGUGACCCUUUGGUUCAAAUCGGUAAGAUACUGAAUGCGCAUAUGAACUCCCUGCAGUGGAUAGAGUCGUCCACUUCGAGCAUUACCAACCGGCUGGAGGAUAUUGGCAAGAUGCACGAUACCCUACGAAAAGAUAACGAACGUUCCUUUCGAUUGACCUAUUACGAUAACUAGUUUGACGGUUUAGGUACAGGUGAACAAUUCAUUCUGUUAACAUAUGUACGGUUUAAAAUAAUUAAAUGAUUCGCGGAGUUUCCAAUUUUAAAUCUUGUUUUUUGUUUCAUUUAAACAUGGUGACGAAAAUCGAGUUCUGCUGGACAAAUAUAGCUGAUGAGUUAUUUGUGAAGCAUAUUUUUGCUACAAUCUAACAAAAAUUUCGAGGUUCUUCAGAUGACACUGUGGUAUUAGUGUAAUAAAACGUGAUAUAAAAGAUCGUAAAACAAAAUUUUUUUUGCUCAAGAAUGGACAAUAGUCUCUCUAUUUACUCGAUCGAAAAACAAAAACUUUUUUCCAAAAAACGAUCCCGGAGUUGUAGAUACCCAACGUGAAAAAAAUAAUCAUUUAUGAACCAUUUGAGAGCAAUUCGAUUAAAACAGAGUGUUAAUUGAUCUGAGCCAGGUUAGUGUAUGAACUCUCGUAGCAAUGCCCUUAGCUCGUCCAUCCGCUGAUUGCCGAUAUUAGUUAUAUAAUACUCCACCAAUAAUUGUU